CAGUGGAGCAUUACCGCGCAUGUGCAGUGGGAGCUCCGGUUAUGGCAGCGGGUCGGUUCGGUGCAGGUUCGGCGACGGAAAAGUGACCAAAACAGAGACGCGGCGCGGAGGCUCGGCGGUCAGAGGGGGUUUAGUGCUCGGUGGACUUUGAGAGAAGAGCGGGGCGCGUCUGCUUCCCUCCAGCGCGGCCGCUGCACCGCCCGCGGAGCCUGUGAGGAGGUGCUAGCCGAAGCCUGCGGCUAACGAUGGGCCGGUCGCGGAGCCGCAGCUCGUCCCGCUCCAAGCGCUCCAAGAGCGGCGGGGCGAAGCACAGCAAGAAGCGCAGCCGCUCCCGGGACAGAGAGAGGAAGAGGCGCUCCAAGAGCAGAGAGUCCAAACGGAACCGCAGGCGGGAGUCCCGCUCCAGGUCCAGGUCGGAAACGGCGCCGCCCUCGCGCCGGGAGCGGGAGAAGGCCGCCUCGCCGCCGGAGAGGAUCGACAUCUUCGGCCGGGCGCUGAGCAAAAGAAGCGCCGGCGACGAGAAGCAGAAGAAGGAGGAGGAGGAGAAGAAGGCGGAGCUGGAGAGGCAGAGGAAGAUCCGGCAACAAGAAAUCGAGGAACGUCUGAUCGAGGAGGAGACGGCGCGGCGGGUGGAGGAGCUGGUGGCCAAGCGGGUGGAGGAGGAGCUGGAGAAGCGGAAGGACGAGAUCGAGAGGGAGGUGCUGCGGCGCGUGGAGGAGGCCAAGCGCAUCAUGGAGAAGCAGCUGCUGGAGGAACUGGAGCGGCAGAGGCAGGCCGAGCUGGCGGCCCAGAAAGCCCGCGAGGAGGAAGAGAAAUCGAAGCGCGAGGAACUGGAGAAGAUUCUGGUGGAGAACAACCGCAAGAUCGCAGACGCUCAGGCUAAACUGGCUGAGGAGCAGCUCCGGAUCGUGGAGGAGCAGCGCAAGAUCCAUGAGGAGCGCAUGAAGCUGGAGCAGGAGCGCCAGCGGCAGCAGAAAGAGGAGCAGAGGAUCAUCCUUGGCAAGGGCAAGUCACGGCCCAAGCUCUCCUUCUCCCUCAAGGCGACGGACUGACGCACGGGUUCAGCCGCCGUCUCCUUAGACUCGCUCUCGAGGGCUCCUCUCCACGGGCGCCAGCCGCUCAGCACAGAUCCAACACGACGCGUCUGUAGAAACGUUUUUGUUUUCCUUCUUUUUAGCAAGUGGAAGCCUUGUCCCUGUUUUAUGACCUCGGUUUUUGUAUUACUGACUGUCGCGUAGGAAUCCGUCACCUUCCUCCGUCUUCUCUCUAGAGCCGUCUGAGGGAUGUGGGGGAGAACCGCAUGGGAAAAACACAACAGCGUGGACAAAAGUACACUGAACUGGACGCUCCCAGAGUGGGCGUAGUAUGCGUGUCUGUGCUUGAGAGCGUCUCGCAAAAUGUUUUUUGAUCUUUUCAUAAUUUAUUCAUGGAUUAAACAGACCAGGACGAGUGCAGCGCUUGACCUUCUGCCAUCCAGCGUCGAUGUGACAAACCUCUCCCAGUCCCACACAUCAGAGAGACGCAACAUACAGCAAAUCCAGGAUCUGCGUUCAUAAUGGGUCUCAGAGCAGGAGUUCAGCCUUGAUCCUAGGCUUUACAGCAUCGGCGAUCAUGGCAAACUAGGCAUGAUGAACCAAUCAGCCGUAAACCGUAAACGUGAUAUUUUCCAGAUUCCAGCAGCGGCUGACGGUCAGGGGGCGGGUAUAUGGGACCCAUAUGACUCGAGACAUUUGACCAAACUGAAAAACCGAAACUGGCUUCUUGUUCAUUUUCCUGUUCCACCUUAAACGGUGCAGCAGUUACAUUCGCCUGUAUAGCUGGCGCCGUGUAACUGUGGACACACAAAUCAGAUUUUUUGCCCCAGUGUGAACAGAUCUCACGUUUUCAGGGCUGUGUGGACACACAUCUGAUUUUUUUGCCUGCAUUUGUGUCCAUUUAAGGUGGAAUGGAACAUUUGUCCAAAUAAGAGCCUUCAGCCUUGUAGAAACAGCAUUCACCACCGCUUGCCAGAAAAAAAGUGCUGACGGAUUCAUCCAAACAUUGUUUAGCUUUGUUUUCAGUUAUUUAGCACAAUUAAAUAUAUUAAUGGAUCUGGUUAAAAAGUGAAGACCUCCCAGAACAAUAAGCCACUGUUAACGUACACAAAUGCCAAGCAUGUUAAACGGUUAAAUAUCAGAACUGUCUGAAAUUUUAAUUAUACUGUGAUAUAAGUUUUUGGUCAUAACACCAAAAAAAAAUUUAUAAAAUAAUAAUAAUUCACAUCUCAACUUCUUGGAGGCUGAAUUUGGCUUGUUCUUGUGCUGUUAUAUUCUGGCUGUACAGGCGCUUGAAUGUAGCUGCUGUACCAUUUAAGGUGGGGCAGGGAAUUUGAAUAAGAAGCCGACUUCAGCUCCAUUUGUCUCGCAUGUGUCUUGUAUACUUGCCACUCCGACCGUCAGACGCGGCUGGACGUUCCAGCCAUUACGUCGUCUGACGUUACUGAGGGUCACGGAGCCAAAGCUGCGCUGGUCAUGGCAUAAAUGUUCGUUAAACGUGAAACGAUCGGUAGGAUUUAGAACUUCAGAGUAGCAGGAGUUUGUCAGCUGGUUUUAUAUCUCAGUUUCUUCUUCAGCCGUUCAGUUUCGGGCUGUUUGCUUGAUGUUUACGCUGGUGACUGGACUCAUUUAUCGGUACUACGUUUCACGGAAAACCAAGGCACAUUUUUUAUAUCACGGUGCAUUAAUGCCGAAUUCAGUUCCUGUGGGCGUUUUUAAAUAUCUGUGUAUGAUGUAUUUUACGGUGGAUUUGGACAUGGCUUAGCCAAUCAGAUUCCCGAGCUGGAGCUGUCCAUUUUAUGUUGCGUUGUAUGUUUUUUUUUUUAACUUUUGAAGUCACUUGUCAUAUUUAACCCAUUUACACCCAGAAUUUUUACACAUUACUGGAAUUUUAAAAUUUCCUUUACUAUAGCAGUUCUCAGCUUCACUGAGCUCAAACCUGGAAUUUUAAUUUGGUCAGUUUGGCUAGAGUGUUCCUUACACAGCAGCUGAAACUUCACAAGGAGAUGGAAUAAAAAAUAAUCAAAAAUAAACAAACUACCCACAAUUCCAGACUAAUCAAAUUAAAAUGAUUUUGAAAUUUGGAUUUUGAUUUUUUUUUUUCUAAGAAAUGAUCUGAAGUUAAGUUUUCCUUUUUAUUAAUUUUUUUUUAAAACAUAAAAUUCCGAUGAAUAUUAAAGAUGUAAAACUGAACAUUUUUCCGUUUUCAAGCACUGGUUAGAUAUGCAGUGCCAGUGUGUGUCCGUCCACCAAAUUUGAGCCAUUUUUGUCAAACAAAAAAAAUGCUGUGGCCAAUUUCUGUGAACAGAAUGCACGUUUUUCUGUGAUCUUUCACUAAAACGUAAAGACUUUCCUCCUGAUUUUUGGUCCGAAGGAAAGCUUGGCCUCCUACUCUGAGACACUUUAUGAGCUGCGGUCGAGGGUUGCACCAGUUCUGCAUCAGCCUGUGACGAACUCUGUGAGCCGUCUUUCGUUACCAGUGGUCAGUUCCAGACUGUCGUUUUAGUCGCUUCAGUUGCACCACCAGUCCGUGGUCAGUUCGUAACCUGUCGAUUAACAGACUUCUGUGGAAACCUGGAAAUUACAUUGAGGUAGAAUCUGCAGUUCCAUGUAAAAGUGACACCGUGCGCAGUAAACCAACCAGCAGAUCCAUUUUUAAAGCUGACUUGAAUAAAACUGAACAUCUACAUCCUUAAUCGUUUGCUUACUUUGCUCUUUCCUCAUGUAACUGAACGUGCAGCCACGUUUUCAAAUGUGCUCUGAUUAGCAGACGUUUCAGGAUCGGUGGGGCGCUAGGUGGGCUUUAUUUGGCUACAGCUCGAUGUUAAAACUAGUUUGUGUGGUGCUGCCUGUGCAGCUUUAGUAAUGAAGUUUAAUAAAUACCAACCUUCUUCAACCUUGAACUCCUGAGCGUAUAGCUGGUGCAACCUGCCCCAAAAUGGUGUCUUUGGAAAGUCUUCUCUCCUAUAUUUGCCCAUUGAAUCUUACUGGUUUAACUACCAGGGGUGGAAAACAGAGAAAUGAUGCCCCUUUUUCCAGAUUUCUCUAUAACUCAGUGUGUGAGGUGUAAACAGAGAUUCAGAGGGUUUGGUGUGAAAUGGUUCAGAUCUCUUUACAGUGGAGGUGAUGGGAACCAGGCGUUGCCACGACUACAGCGUCGAUAUAGACACUUUAUUUACCAUCCAGAACCACCAGAGAACUUACACGAGUCUUCUGGGUUUACAUGUAACAAUAGUGAUGGUACAUGAUGACAUGGGUUCCUGAAGUAGUUGUUUUGUGAUCAUUUUCUCAGGAUAAUUAUCUCAGAAUGAUUUUCUGGACGUCUUUCUGGUCUGUUCUCUAAAUGCUUUACAUGCAUCCACCUACAGCCGUCGAGUUGUCUUGAAAUUUGUAGCUGGUCGUGAAUAAAAACCAGGACGGCAGAUGUA